AUGAACCGGAACUCCCCAGAUGGCCGUGGUAGUCUCAACGGGUUCUAUUCGUAUAAGAACACCUUUGACAAGGAUAGCGUGUGGCUGGAUGUUCCUAAACAUGUAAUCUUCGUCGACAACUCCGAUCCAUACGCAGAUGACCUCGAAGCCUCACUGGUAGAUCUAAGAAGUGCAGCGCAAACAGACUCCCCAAAUUACAGAUGGGGCAGUGGAAGCUCUCGAACGAGCGAUGCUGAGACACAGGGGUUGGAAGCCUUGUCGGCGGUCGCAACGCAUGAUCGCUUCCCUUAUUCUUCCUUAGACCAUUCAGUCUCUGAUAGUACCUCCUAUACUUCUCCGAACCCACGGCGAAGUACCGCUAUACUCCCAGCUUCGCCCUCCAUGUCGCUGUCGUCCACCAGCAACAAUACCAAUAUUAAUUUCCUCCUCAACCCCUCGCAUUCGAUGUCCCCCUCCAUCGACCCAAUCAUGCAUCUCUCUGACCGAAACAAUGCGCUUUCAUCAAUAUCGGCAGCUUCACGGAGUAGCUUGAGCCACAUGAGUCAAAUGAGCCUCCUGAAUCACGUACCAGACGACAAUUCAGAGACCGAUUUCGAGACCGCUUUCCUUCUGCGACAUUACUCAGAAGGACCGGGACUGUGGAUGGAUCUCUUCGACCUAGGGACAUAUUUUGCUUCAUACGUCCCAGUGCGAGCAAGAACCAAUCCGCUCUUGAAAUUCGCCGCCUGCGCAUAUUCUGCCAAACAGCUGGGUCGAAUCAAAGGUACUAAGGCAUCAGUGGGUGGAGUCUGCACCCAGCAAGCUGCCAUGGAAGUGUGGCCAGACAAAGACCCCGACUUCGCUUGGUAUGGAGCCAAAUAUUAUGAAAAGGCCAUCCAGCUUUUAAUGAAGGAGCUUCAACCUGACGCAGAGGGUCCACCUCCAUUGAGUACCCCUGAGGCUUUUGGUCAAUGGCAGGCUGCCGAGCUUUCUGUAGAUUCGGAUAACCCACGUAAGCGCCGCAGACGGGUCUCUGGUAGUCGGCUCUCGCAUGGAGUUCAUUCCGAUGAGGUGCUCGCGGCGACGGCCAUUCUUUCUGUGUAUGAAUUUCUCGAUGCUGCAGGCCCUGCGUGGAAUCGUCAUCUGAGUGGCGUGAAGUCGCUGCUAGAUGUCGCUGAAGUGGGUAUGAUGCCUCUUGAGCAGCGUUCGUCUCCGGGAGAAAACCUGUAUCAAACGCAAACGCCCAAGAAGUCAGGCCUUUCCAAAGCUCGGAGGGCGACGUUUUGGAAUUUCGCGCGACAGGAUUACUUAGCUGCCUUCAUCAAUGAAUCCCAGACAAGGCUGAACACGGACGACACGGUCCUCUGGACCGAAGCAGGUCUACUUAUUGACAACGCAGGCUUUCUCCGUGCCAGCAACACAAGCGCAGCAGGAUAUCCGGAAGGCGAAGACGUAAUGAAAGAAGACCUGAUCAGCAACGGACUAGUCUGGAUAAUUUCCAAGAUAGUCAAUUUCAUAAGCUCCAGUGACAAUGUGCACUUAACCGACCACCGUACCAUGCCGGGUCCCUUGGGCGUGUCGCAACAAGCCCUCCUGGAGCGGUGGUACCGACUCGAAUCCGAGCUCGACACAUGGUACAACGGAAUCCCAGAGACAUUUCAGCCCUGUGCACGAAUGAACCCAUCCAAUCUCAGACACCAUCGCCCGCCCAACGAAAACGAUGACAUCUCUACCCUACAGGAAAUCUGGUACAGUCUGCCCAUGUGCGCCUCCGCCAUGCAGCACUACCACAUGGCGCGCAUCCUGUUGCUCAUCAACAAGCCGCACGAGUCCACCAGCCGCCGGAGCACCAUCACGCUUCGCCUCCAGUCGUAUCGCUCUAUCGAGUCCGAUAUCGCAUUCCAUAGCCGCGAGAUCGUGGUGUCUGACAGACCCGCGCGAGCGCCGCACUACCUUGCGCCUGUUGAGGAGUAUUGA